UUCUGCUUGCCUCUUUGCUCUGAAUGAUCUUCUCGGCACCAGAGGUCCAGGACUGGUCCCAGGAGCACCCUGUGUAUAUUGUGUAUGGCUGUCAUGAUGAUGAUCAGGGACCUGAAAAGACAAGUUACACUCUUCAGGAAGCAGGUGUAGUAACGGCCAGAUGCUACAGAGAUACUUCAAGAGACGACUCAGUUCUAGGAAAGUGGGACACUGUGCUGGUGUGUUGGGAAAUGUUCCUGACGGCCAAGACAAUGAGAAGUAACUAUGGAAUCAGGACUAAUGAUGAAGGGAAGUGGCCCCUGGCCUCCACAGCUGACCACAUGAGGGUGGUUUCUAGCCUCUUUCUUCCUGUCCUCCUGACAGAGGUGUGGCUGGUGACCAGUUUCAAUCUCAGCUCCCAUUCACCAGAGGCUCCCGUUCACCUGGAGUCUCGGGAUUAUGAGAAUCAAACCUGGGAAGAGUAUGCACGGACUGAUCCCAGGGAGGAGGAGGAGGAGGAGGAGGAGGAAAAGGAGGAGGGCAAGGAUGAGGAAUAUUGGCUGAGGGCCAGCCAGCAGCUCUCCAAUGAGACUUCAAGCUUUGGGUUCAACCUGCUUCGAAAGAUCUCCAUGAGGCACGACGGCAAUGUGAUCUUCUCACCUUUUGGCCUGUCUGUGGCCAUGGUGAAUUUGAUGCUGGGGACCAAGGGAGAGACCAAAGUCCAGGUAGAAAAUGGACUCAACCUACAGGCCCUGAGCCAGGCAGGACCCCUGAUCCUUCCAGCCCUCUUCAAGAAGGUCAAAGAGACCUUCUCCAGCCACCAGGACCUGGGCCUCAGCCAGGGUAGCUUUGCCUUCAUCCACAAGGACUUUGAUAUCAAAGAGACCUAUUUCAAUCUCUCCAAGAAGUAUUUUGACACAGAGUAUGUGUCUAUAAAUUUUCAAAAUUCCUCACAAGCCAGAGGACUCAUAAACCACUGCAUUACCAAAGAGACUGAGGGGAAAAUCCCCAAGCUUUUUGAUGAGAUUAAUCCUGAAACAAAGUUAAUUCUGGUGGACUACAUCUUGUUCAAAGGGAAGUGGCUGACUCCAUUUGACCCCAGCUUCACUGAGGCCGACACUUUCCACCUGGACAAGUACAAGGCAAUUAAGGUGCCCAUGAUGUACCGGGAAGGGAACUUUACCUCCACCUUUGACAAGAAGUUCCGUUGUCACAUCCUCAAACUGCCCUACCAAGGACAUGCCACCAUGCUAGUGGUCCUCAUGGAGAAGACAGGUGACCACUUGGCCCUGGAGGACUACUUGACCGUGGAUCUCGUGGAGACAUGGCUGCAGAAUAUGAAAACCAGGAAAAUGGAGGUCUUCUUUCCCAAGUUCAAGCUGAACCAGAGGUAUGAGAUGCAUGAGCUGCUCAAACAGAUGGGAAUCAGGAGGGUCUUCUCCACCUCAGCUGACCUCAGCGAACUCUCAGCCAUGGCAAGAAACCUUCAGGUGUCCAGGGUUUUACAACAGUCAGUGCUUGAGGUGGAUGAAAGGGGAACGGAAGCAGUGUCAGGGACACUGUCAGAGAUUAUCGCUUACUCCAUGCCUCCUGCCAUCAAAGUGAACCGGCCUUUUCACUUCAUCAUCUAUGAGGAGACGUCCAAGAUGCUCCUAUUUCUGGGCAGGGUGGUAAACCCCACAGUCCUGUGACUCCGGUGUAUGUAAGACCUUGUUCACCAUGGGUGCUGAGCCAGAGGUGUCUGAACCACAAGAUGCUGGUGGUGGGUGGGAAAGGAUGUGUUCUCUGUACCCAGCCUGUUCGCUGUGGCUGUUCCCUAAUUAACACUGAAACUAAAACAACUCAUACUUUAAGGA